AAAAAAAAAAAAAUUUCAUUUAAUACUCACAUGAUAAUGAUAUACUAUAAAUACAUAUGACUACUCGAAAAUGAUUAAAAUUCAAUGUGAACUAUAUUAAAUUACUAACGGUAGAAUAGAUCUACACCUUAUUGAAUAUAUUAUUAUUAUUAUUAUUUUUAUAUACAACUGAAUAUAUUAUUAAUGCUUCUGUUACAAUGACAUUUGAGCUUGUCUUAUCUUUUUGUUUUUGGUGUUCUUCUUUAUUUGGAUAUUUUUUUUAUAUGUUCUUUGAAUAUCAAAUUUGUUCCUAGACACGAUUUGACAGCCUCAUGGUCUGCUACGUGUAAUAUAUAUCUAUGGAACCUUCCUCAUCUGUCCAUCCUUCCCUCUUUGGUUCUGUUUGUGGUGGAAAUGGAACCUCGUUACAAAACUAAAAAACCAAAAACAAAAUGCAAAACAAAUAAAUUUUAAUUCAUCAGUGUGCAAUGGAAUUCUCUCACAAUUUAAUUUAGUACCAAAUGCCCCUAAAAUUGAAGGUGGGUGAUGAAGUGCAGAUUCGUCAGUCAUUGUAAGUGCGUCCAAAUGGAGCCGAGUCUUCGUUUGUGUCAUCGUGAAAAUGGUAAGAUAGCUCCCUUAAGGUGGUCACCGGUAUGAUGCUUGCCACAACGUCUCCGAUGCCAAAGUUAGUAUAAAAAAGCUUUUAGGAAAUAACAGAGUGUUAGAAUAACUAGUAGUGCUUUUAGGUGUGUUUAUGUACCUUGUAUUGCUGCUAUGAGGGCUUUAUAUAUGUUUCCACAGCCCCUAGCCGUUGUGGUUGUUAAUGUGGUUUUAAUGUCUCUCUUGGUAACGCCUCAUUCUCAAUAAUGUGGGCCUUAAUAAGGCUUCCAACGGUCUAUAUAGCUGGUCUUGUAACCGCUCGGGACAUUAUUGGCUGCAUUGAAUGGCUUCGUUACUCUCAUCAGAGAUAUGGACAUGUGGUUAGCUUGUCUCAGAGGAUGGCCUCAUUGGUCUUGAUGAGAUCGUUCAGUUGAGUUCGUUAGUCCCAUCAGCUGCCCCUAAAAUUCUGUGGUCGUCGUGACGUGUCAUGACGAUCAUAGAAGAUGAAAGGUCCUUGGGCUGUACAUGACUCUUGGGAUUUCGUUCCGCAUUAAAUGCGUAGUGGCGGUGCCACACGUGUUGUGGCCACGUGGCAUGUUUUGAUCAGUGGAGUUAAUGCUCCAAUUUGUAUGACUCUUGGAUUUCCCGCUAAAUUUCAGUUUUUUGAGCCUUGGUUUUUAAACUUCUCAUUUUCUCACUUUCCCUUUCACUUUUCCCAAACUCCCAAUCAUUGCUCUAAGUAUAUUCUUCUCCAACCUUUCUCUGCAAUUCUUCUCCAAGCUGGUGCGUGGCGUGGUUGAGCUUCCUACAUUUCCCUUUUAGAGCAUUCAUCUCUUUCCCUCUUUGUGUUUUUUCUGGUUUUCAUGGUUAGUAGUUCUGAGGUUAGGGUAGUGUGCCCCUCAGUUUCCUUUUUGUUUGCUUGUUUGGGGUCUUCCUUAGAUACUUCCCGUGCUUUUCUACCUUCGGUUGGGAAUUUUGUUUUUGAGGGUUGUGGGUUAGGUGUUGUAUUGGGUGAGUUGUUCCUUGUGCUUAGCCAAUCAAGUCAAUUGGUUUGGGGGUUUGGUAGUAGAGGAGAAGAAGAGAAUGUUUGAAGUAAGAUCUAGUGAGCUCGAGACUGGGUUGUCUUCUAAUGAUGACCCAGUGGGGGGAGAUACCGUUGUCUCUACACCUUGAGAGGUUAGGGCUUUUCACGCCCUUGAGGAGGUGUUUGGGCUAGACGGUGAGACACUUGGUAGGUUUAAGGCUAGGUUCUAGUUCUUGGAUAGGGUUAGGGUUCGUCUACCCAGUGAGGAGGAAUGGGCUUGCCAUUUCUUUCCUGAGGAGGUAUGCUUUUACGAGGCUGCCUUCUUAUGUGGGUUGAGGUUCCCUGUCCAUCCAUUUCUUAUGGAGUUGUUAGAUCGCUUUGGUAUUGCUCCUGGGCAACUUAUGCCCUAUUCAUGGAGGAUAGUGGUCAGUUGUAUGGGGAUAUGGCUGGUCGCUACAGAUGGGGACAUGAUUAAGGUAGAUGAGCUCAUCUACUUAUACCGUUUGAAGGAGUCCAAGGAGCACGGGUAUUAUGAGUUGGUGCCUUGGGAGAGGAGGACUAGGAUCGUCAGAGGUCUACCUUCGUCCUUUAGGUAUUGGAAGUCUCGGUUCUUUUUUGUAUCCGGGGAUUACUUUGAGACCCCCUCCAACAAGGUUUGGGGUGAUCUCCUAAGGUUGCUCCGUUGGUGGGGAACCCCAUGCUUAGUUAAGAGAAGACCUAAGCUUAAAAGCAGGCACAAGGAAUGCGUUGAGAAGGCAAUUGAAUACGCAAAGAUGAUUGAGGAUUGGGACGAUCUUGUGGACCCACGGACUCUAGCCUUCUAUUGCCUCGGUCCCAACCCGUCUGCCUUCGUUCUACGUAACAUUGAGAUUGAGGAGAAAAAGAAUCAAGGAGAAGAGCAUGUGGAUAACAUUUUGGGAAUUUCUUCAAACCAUCUAGAAGACUUACGAACAGUGUUUCAUGAAAACGACCCACGGGGAAUGGAAAUGGUCAUGGAAUCAAUUUCAAAGGGGUCCGAAGCACAGUAUCUUCUAAUCAAUUCUGUUUAUGAGCUUGAACCUCAAGCCUUCGACACUUUGAAAGCAAUAUUUCAUUUCCCUGUGUACCCUAUUGGCCCUGCCAUACGUUACAUGGAAUUUGAACUUGAACAUGGUUCCCUUAUAACUACAACUAGUGACAACAACCGUGACUAUCUAAAAUGGUUGGAUUCCCAGUCUGCAGGCUCUAUCUUGUAUAUUUCAUUGGGAAGUUUCUUUGUGCUCACAGACACCCAAAUGGAUGAAUUUGCAGCUGCGCUUCGUAAUAGUGGUGUUCGGUUCUUCUGGGUGGCUCGUGGAGAAGCUUCUCGGCUGAAAGAGAGUUGUGGUGAUACAGGGUUAGUAGUGCCUUGGUGUGACCAAUUGAGAGUGUUGUGCCAUCCUUCUAUAGGGGGGUUUUGGUCCCAUUGCGGAUGGAAUUCUACUCAAGAAGCUGUUUAUGCAGGCAUUCCUAUACUUUCUUUCCCCUUAUUUUUGGAUCAAGUUCCUAACAGUAGGCAAAUUGUGGAAGACUGGAAGAUUGGGUGGAGGGUGAAGAGAGCACAGGUGGGAAGUGAAAUAUUGGUGACAAAAGAAGAUAUAUUAGAACUCGUACAAAGGUUUAUGGAGCUUGAAAACUGCGAGAGAAAAAAGACUUCGAAAAGAGCAAGAGAACUAAAAAAUAUGUGCCAUCAAGCGAUUACUGAAGGUGGAUCUUCUCAUUCUCACUUGGAUGCAUUUGUUAGUGACUUUUUAGAAGUCAAAAACCAUUAAGAAGUUUGUUCUGAAUGACUAGGCAAAUUGUAGCCACUGAACACUUUUUCUUAACUUAAUUAUAAUAAUUUGGCCACUUGAACAUU